CAAUGAAGGGAUACUUUAUUUGAUUGGCAGGAAUCAAAGAAACAAGUGGGCACACACAUGUUGAAUCAAACAACAGGCAGCUUCGAAUCUGAUGCUCUUCAGAAAUUUAUAAUUUAUCAAUCAUAUUAAAGAGGAUAUAUAUAUUAUGGAAAGGAUAGAUUUUUAUUUAAUCACUGAGUUGUAGUUCACUGUAAUGACGAACUAAAUAAUAACUCGGUAUGUGAAAAACAUAUACGUGCAGUUAAUGCGUACAACCUGUUCGACAAAUUGUCCGAAUAAAAAAAAAAAAAAAAAAGCUAAAGAAAUCUUCUGGAUUCGGCAAUGAUAAAGACUUCAGUUCUUCUUUGCAAGACAUUGCCUCUCCCAUUCCCAUCUUCUAAUAUUCGAAGAGUUAGGCGAUUAAAGUGCAAAGCAUCUACUAUGGAUAUGGAGCUUACUCUAACGCGUCCUGAUGAUUGGCAUCUUCACCUUCGCGAUGGUGACCUUCUUGAAGCCGUUGUUCCUCACAGUGCAAGUCAUUUUGAAAGGGCAAUUGUGAUGCCAAAUUUGAAACCUCCUAUUACCACUACUGCUGCUGCUGUGGCUUACCGAGAAUCUAUAUUGAAGGCACUGCCUGCCAAUAGCAACUUUACUCCACUUAUGACACUUUAUUUGACAGAUUCAACAAGUCCGGAAGAGAUCAAGCUUGCAAGAAAGAGUGGAGUCGUUUUUGCUGUUAAGUUGUACCCAGCUGGUGCUACAACAAAUUCUCAAGCUGGUGUUACUGAUCUUUUUGGGAAAUGUCUCCCGGUGCUUGAGGAGAUGGUUGAGCAAAAUAUGCCUUUACUGGUACAUGGGGAGGUUACAGAUCCAAAUGUUGACAUAUUUGAUCGUGAGAAGGUCUUCAUUGACACUGUUUUGCAACCCUUAAUCCAAAGGCUUCCACAACUAAAGGUUGUGAUGGAGCAUAUCACUACAAUGGAUGCUGUUAGGUUUGUCGAGUCUUGUGAUAAUGGAUCUGUGGCAGCAACUGUUACUCCUCAGCAUCUUGUUCUGAAUAGAAAUGCUCUAUUCCAAGGAGGACUGCAACCACACAGUUAUUGCCUUCCAGUACUCAAAAGAGAAACCCACAGACAAGCAAUUGUUUCAGCUGUUACUAGUGGAAGUAAAAGAUUUUUUCUUGGGACCGAUAGUGCUCCUCAUGAAAGAAAGAGAAAGGAAUGUCCUUGUGGAUGUGCUGGAAUUUAUAAUGCCCCUGUUGCCUUGUCACUAUAUACCAAGGUUUUUGAAGAGGCUGGCGCACUUGAUAAGUUAGAGGCAUUUACAAGCUUUAACGGACCAGACUUUUACGGACUUCCAAGGAACAUAUCAAAGAUCAAGUUGACCAAGGCCCAGUGGAAGGUGCCAGAGUCUUUCUCAUUUCCGUUCGGAGAUAUCGUUCCAAUGUCUGCAGGAGAGACACUUGAUUGGCAGCCAGAAUCUAUCUGAUUUACAUUGUUUACAGUAAGAAAAGUAGUCUCUGUUUUUGUUCCUUGUCAAUCUUAUUGCAUAAAUUGAUAGAUGGCUUUUUGUAGUUUCAUGAAUGUUCCAUUCAAUAUAAAUUUAUACUGUGAUGGAAAGCACAAACAUUGACUAUUACCUGAUUUAUUUUCAUCGUGGAUUAACAUAAGUUCCCAUUUUAAUAACAAUAACAAAAUACAAUCAUGUUAGACCA